AUGGCGCCCCCGACGGAGCCCCUGAACCUUGAUGUCGAGGCCAUUUCCGGCAUCUGCGGUUCCAUAUCCAUCGCAUGUUGGGUGGUUGUCUUCUCCCCCCAAAUCAUCGAGAACCUCCGCCGCGGCAGCGCCGAAGGUCUGUCGAUCCAGUUCAUCGUCGUCUGGCUGCUCGGCGACGUCUUCAACAUCCUGGGAGCCGUGCUGCAGGGCGUGCUGCCCACCAUGAUCAUCCUCGCCAUCUACUACACCAUCGCCGACAUCGUGCUGCUGGCGCAGUGCUUCUACUACCGCGGCUUUACCCUGAGCGAUGAGGUCGUCCCGUCUGUGGAAGCAACCACGCCGACGCUGAAGACGAAGCGCAUUCGGAAUGGGAAUGGGAACCACACUGAUGCGCCGGACGAGAGGACGGGGUUACUUGCUGGCGGCACUGGUCCAGCGCAUUCGGAUCGGUCGCCGUACCACUACGGCAUCGACGACCAUGAGCGGAGGGGAUCCUGGACGCACCUGUCACCAGCUGUGCCCUUCAUUGAGGAACCCGAGACGGCGCCGGCCCCCCCGCCGACGACGUGGGCGCAGGCUUUCGCUUUCAACAGCCUGGCCAUCUUGAUGGUUUGCGGAGCGGGCCUCGCCGGGUGGUGGCUCAACCGGACGUAUGGGGGGGAUGGGAGCAGCGACGGGCACAAGCCGGGAGGUGGGCAGGACGGCCCGUUGAGGUUCAACACGCUCGGCCAAGUCUUCGGGUGGCUUUGCGCCGUGCUCUACCUGGGCUCGCGCUUGCCCCAGCUGCUGCUCAACUGGCGCCGCAAGUCGACCGAGGGGGUGUCAGUGUUGUUUUUCCUGUUUGCCUGCCUCGGCAACCUGACAUAUGUGCUGUCAAUCUUGGCCUUUGAGCCCAGGUGCGAGGGGGAUGAGGGCUGUCAACCGGGCGAAGCCGCGCACAUCUUUUGGCAGUACAUACUGGUCAACCUCUCCUGGCUGGCAGGCAGCGCUGGCACGCUGCUGCUUGACUUGGGCAUUUUUGUGCAAUUCUUCGUGUACAGCAAAACCGAGGAGGAACAAAGCAGCGACGAGGAAAGUACAGGUGACGAGGAAAGCGUGGAGGGUGAUGCAUGGGAUCAGCGGCCUCUUUUGGAAAGAAACAAUACUGGGUACUAG